AUGAAUCAGCGACAUCCUCUGUAUAUAGCGACCAAUGUCGUUUCUGCUUUUGGCAUUCCCAUGUUGAGGCGCCCCAAAGGCAGAGGUAACCAUAGAUGUCGUUGUGGCAGAACCUACUACGAGAAAAAGAACCUGGUGCGCCACCAGAGACUGAAAGGACGAUACUCGAACGAACAAGAUCUUUUGAUCAAGUACAAACUAGCCGACCUUUCGAGACACCAAAUGCGGUCGUCUUGGUGGUGCGAGCAGUGCGGCAAGUGUUACAAGAACAAAUCGACUCUUUACCGACACAAAAAACACGAGUGUAACCAAAGCCCGUACCAAUGCUUUUACUGUUCGACGCACUACCGUCAAAAAUACGACCUGAAGAUGCAUGUGUAUAGAAAACAUCCGGAAUAUGCCGAAGAGUUUGACAACGUCUACAAAGACCUGCACAUCUUCAAAACACCAGCCGCGAUCUUAUAA